AUGGGCCCCUCUUGUCAGGUCGGGCGUGGGCAUCCCCGUCGGUCCCUCGCGCUUCGUUCCGGCUCCAGCGCGACCUCGCCGAUGAGCCGCGUCGCCACCUGCUCCACCCCGCGCUGGCCCACCUCCUCCCGCGGCUACGCCACCCCGCCGUUCGCCGUGGCACUCUCGGUGAGCACCCCGCUCGGCCUCGCCUCGCUCGUCCGCGACGUUGGCUCCGGCGCCGUCCGCCCCGUCGCCGCUCCGGCCGCGCGCCUGCGCCGCCCCGCCUCCUCCCCGAGCUUGCGCUGUGGACCCCAGCCGCCCUCGUGCGCUGCUCGCGCCGUCGUCCCCGGCCGCCCGCCGGCUCCGACCGCCCCUGCUCUGCCCUUGCCCGCGCGGCCCUGUCUGCGCCCAAGCCGGUCCGCGCCGCUCUACCCUCGCGCGCGUGAACCCAUCGCUGAGCCUGCCCGCGCCCCGCCUCCCCUGCUCGACACACACCGGCUCCGCUCGCCGGCUCCGACCAAGCAUGCUCUGCCAUCGCGCGCGCAGCCCAGUCCACGCCCAAGCCGGUCCGUGCCGCUCUGCCCUCGUGCGCGCGAACCCGUCGCUGCGCCUGGCCGCGCUCGGCCUCCCCCGCUCGGCGCGCGCCGGCUCCGCCCGCCACGGCCGCCUGCCGGCUCCGCGAGCACCGGCCGCCGCCGCUGUGGCCGGCUGCUACUGCAGUAG